CCAUCAGAAAUGGGCUGCUCACCAUCCAAAGGCAACAAUUUUGGUGCUCUGGGUGCCAUGAGGAAAGGGAGAAUGCUCCCCCCUCCACCUCAGGAAAGCCCCAGAGAUGUUCAGCUUGAAGAUGGAGAGAGUAACAAUUUCACAGCCUCAACAAAUUCUGAUGUCAAGGAGAAGAAAGCAGCCGGACAAAGCCAGGUAUUUCAGAGAGAUGCCCACACAACACCGCAAAAAAAGAAAUCUGUCACGGAGCAAGUGAAUGUGGAAGCAGUGCACAUGGAUAAAUUGGGGUAUCAAAGCAGGGAAAACAGUACAGUGUUACAGAGGAAAGAAAAAAACCCUGAUAAGCAGGACUUGGCUGACAAAAAGACAAGCAAAAAACCAAAGAAAACUGUCAAAGGUGCGAAAGCUCUGAAGAAGAAAGACAAAGAAAAACUUUUAGUAGAACAAAAAGUGGAUUUUCCAGAUCCUCUGGUGAAAGCUCACCAAGCUGCUUAUGCCUUUUUGAACCCCAGCAUGGACAAAUAUGAUAUAUUGAUUGGACUUUUGGAACAAGCAACAAAUACUCAGAGUUCUGUUCAGCCGAUGGUUGCCUUCAUGGCUCUUCGUUAUGAGGAAAUAAUACAAGGACUGGAAGAAAUGGCAGACGAGGGAGAAAAAGUUUUGAAAGAAAAUGGAGAACAUCUUGCAUGGCCAAGCCAAAUGAAAAACCUCUCAUCUUCUUCUCCUCUGAAGUCUGGCUCUGUUAAUGCUGAACCCCCACCGGAUUUGUUGCAACAGCUGCUUCAGUACACCACACAGAGAAUGCGAAAUGUAAGUCAGACUGUCGGUAGAAUUGGGGACUGUGCAUUGGAAGAGGCAGUGGAAUACUUUUCUUCAGUUUCUGAGCUUUUAGAGGAGAAACUGAAAGUCAAACGUGCAGUAGAAACUAGGUUAAUGCAACUCUUGUCUCGCAUUGAAAUGGCCUCUUUGCGCAAGCCUGGGCCAGAAGAUUCUGCUCUCUUCAGUGAAGACAGUGGGAUCGGUGCUGAGAAUGAAUCCCUUGCUGGAUCUGAACGCCGUCUUAGACGAGAGAGUUGUGAGUCCAUCGGGGCAAAGAGAACCACUCCUGUCAGUCCAAUGAGACACCCACGCAUGAACAUUCGACGAGGCAUGUUAAGACAGAAGCUUGUGAGUCAAAUAAGUCCCAGUGUUUCCCUCACCUCCCUUAACUCACUCAGCUCUGCAUGUACAAUAAUGGCCAAUGACCACAGAGACUCACUGCUGGGAUCAGUCUCAUUGGAUGAUGGAGAGGAUGAAGAUGAAGAUGAAACAGAUAGAGGUAUGGUUGCCGUGGAAGUAGCAUUCAGACAACGAUCAAAUUCUUCACCUGUUGAAUGUGCACACCAGCGUCCUAGGCGUUUGCCUCCAAAGCGCAUUGAGAAUCCUCAAAAUGUAGAAAUGACUCUCAGAAUGAAAAAUGCCAUAAGUGGUAAGAUACAGUUUGUCCCAUCACAGAACUCAAGUGCCAAAACCAAGGUAACAGGCAGCCCAAAAACCAGCAGACGUGAAUGGACGGAUGAGCAAGUAUCAUCGGCGAAGCGACCUCAAACGGCAGCACCGGUUAGAAGGCCAGCUGUGAAAAAGACUGCAGUGACAAGAGAGCAGCGUUCAAGAUCAGCAGAAUCCCUGCGGAGUAAAGGAGAAGAUCCAACUCUUCUUGAACUGGAAAGGACACAGAAAGAUUUGAAUCAGAGGUUGCAGAAGAUGAGUAGUGGAAAAGGAGCAGGAAAGACGAAAAAUGCAUCAUUCAAGCAAAAACAAGCAACUUCAGCACCACAAUCUCCAGCAACGAACCGUAAAAAUCCCACACUAGACAAAAACAACAAUGCCCAAUCGCAAAAAGAAAAAUUAGCUCCGACAAAGAGCAAAAAUAAAAAGCAGGAGGUCACCACUGAAGCUGAGGAAGACUUUAAAGCAUUCAAGAGUCCUAUGAAAGCCACUCCACCGCCAAGCCCUCCUCCUUCACCACGGCCAUCGUCUGGCUUUCACAGAAGCAGAAAUUCUGUCAAAAAACUAAUUGAUACUUUUAGUCAAGGAAUAGAGGAGCUAGAUGGUCCAAGGGUACUCGGUCCUCUAAAAGGUGUACGAAAGUGUGGCGUUCCAGUGUUACCUGGCAUAGGCAAUGUGGAAGCUGUGCUCAGUGGAGGGAUAACUAGCUGUCGACCUGAGUCCACUUCUGCUGAGAAGACUGAUGAUUUAGAUCUGGAUAGUCUGCCCCCACCUCCAUUGGAAGUCUUAAUGGACAACUCCUUUGAAGGUGCUCAAAGUCUUCUAACUGGUAAUGCAGCAGAUGUGUCUGCAAAGGUAGGAAAGUCACCAGUGUUAAAAAGAGCUGUAGUGCCACACCGACUAAGGGCCUCAGUUCAAUCAGUGCUGCCAAGCAAAGGAGGCCUUCCACAAACCUCAAAGUUUAAUUCGAUUACGAAAACUGAUCCACAAGACACGUGUGCCCUUCAAAAGGUCAGCCAGCCAGAUGUUGAAGGUGUUCCAGAUGUGGAAAAGGGUUCCUCAGAUGAGCAAGCUGCAAAGAUGUUACAGCAAAAACACCCAUCAACUUCUCGGUCAGAGAGAUUUACAAGAAAUUAUGUGGCAACAAAUCGAGUAGAAUCAACAGACAUGCAAGAUGAUGGCAACCACUCAGUGCCUGGACCGACUCCGACUGAAUCUACAGUGCCACCUUCAUCAGUGGUCACGAACCAACCACCUUCUACACCACCUGUCACAAGGGUACGAAUGUUACCCUCCACACCGUCUACACCAGGCAGCAUUCAUCGAAGACUUCCAAGUCCCCAGAAUAUUAAAAAACCAUGUACCCCACCCACGUCAGCAAGCCCCCCUGUUAACAGGAUGCUUCCAACACCACCAGCUGUACAAAGAAGGCUCCCGAGUCCACCUGUUGCUAAACAGAACGUUUCAAACACAACCUCAGGCUCUUCAUUUCCUUUCAAAGCCCCGUCUCCACCAGCCUCGCCGAAAGUACAAAGAUGGUCAAGGGAAAGCAGCAGCGAGGACCAAUCCAGUGUUCGGAUCAGUAAUGCACGUUCAGUCUUUUGUCCAGUUUCUCCGUCCUUGUUUGAGGCUCAGCCUUGUCCAGCUCCCCAACCUCCUCAGACUUGGGCCUCCUCCAGAGUGUCUUUUCUCUCACGUACUUGGGAAGGCCGUGGGAGGUUCCCAGUAUCCGCUCAAGGACCCCGGCCCUAUGUCCGUCGUAGCCAGUCAGACCGAAGGCCAAGUCUGAGUCUCCCAACACGAUCCCAAGGCAUCUCAGUGGCUGAAACGUGUGGAAGUGAGCCAGCUAUAUGUUCACAAGGGCUCGAGGAUGAACCAACCAGGGAGGAAGAACUCUGGAGCAGCCAAUCCGACCUCAGAGCAACAACACGCUCUACGUCGCACCCGGACUUGUGUGUUGUCGGUCAGGCCUUGCACAGGAACUAAUGUGGCUGAAGCAGGGCCAGUGGGAUUAUGGAUUAGUGGGCCUUACCAAGGACUUAAGGUUAUGAAGGUUUAUUCCACUGGGAAGAGGAAAGGGGCUAAUUGAAG